AUGGCCGCUUCAGUCCUUUCUCCACCAACUCCGGCGGUGUCUUUACAUUCAACUGGCUCAUUAGAUGAGCUAGUUAAGACCACUCCCCAAGAGAAGUUCUAUACGAUAAAUGACCUUGUACGCACAAGAGCAAAAGGACCGACGGCACAUGACUCUAUUGUUGCCUAUCCCUCAUCCGGAACCGACUAUGUUUACUACACUCCUUAUCAGUUGGAUAUGCUCGUCGAGGCUGCUGCUGUUCACUAUUCCAAGAUUAUCCCACAACGCUUUACAUCGGCGGACCCUGUACAAGUGGUUGGCUUGCUCGGUCCUUCUGACUUUGAAUACCUGAUCACCUUGGCUGCAAUUUCGCGCCUUGGUCACACUGUUCUCCUCCUGUCGACUCGUAUCGCCGAAGAUGCCUACACCAGUCUGGUGGAAACCACUAAGGCCUCUUUCCUUAUCACAUAUCCCAACUUCAAUGCAAUGGGCGUAAAUGUCACCGAGCGCACUGGCGCCACUCAGAUCUCGGUUAUGUCGCCUUUGGAUCCGAACUCAUUGAUAGUUCGCCAUGCUCAUCUACCAGCAGCAAAUUUGGAUGGACCGACUGAAAAUCAGAAUGUUUGCUGGGUUAUUCACUCAAGCGGAUCCACUGGCCUCCCUAAGCCGAUUUACCAGAGUCAUUCGGGCGCCUUGAAAAACUACGCCAACAACUUUAGCCUGAAAGGUUUCAUCACCCUACCUCUAUUUCAUGCCCAUGGAAUUAGCUGUUUGUUCCGAGCUGUCCACUCGGAGAAAUUAAUCUACAUGUACAAUGCCAGCCUGCCGCUCACAGCGACUGCACUUCUUACCACUCUCAAAGAGCACCCGGAUAUUCAAAUUCUUUACGCUGUACCGUACGCUCUGAAGCUUCUCUCUGAGUCAGAGGAAGGUCUUCGCUGUAUGGCUCCCUUAGAGCUUGUCAUGUUUGGCGGUUCAUCUUGCCCUAAGCCCAUCGGUGAUGUCUUGGUACAGAAUGGUGUACGUCUUGUGUCCCACUACGGAACUACUGAGACUGGCCAGCUCAUGACCUCUUUCCGCGAUCGAUCAGAUCUUGACUGGGACUUUGUUCGCCCAGGGCCUCCAUUGUUGCCAUAUGUUCGCUGGGAGGAACAGCCCGGAAUGCCCGGGGUCUAUGAACUAUGUAUCUUGGAAGGCUGGCCUUCUAAGGUUGCCAGCAACCGACCUGAUAACUCUUAUGCCACCAAGGAUCUGUUUGAAAAACACCCGACGACACCAAAUGCUUGGCGAUACUACGCUCGCUUGGAUGAUACUCUUGUUCUCGAGAAUGGUGAAAAGGCAAACCCAUUGACAAUUGAAGGUGUUGCCCGCAAAAACCCUAAUGUCGGCGAGGCGAUCGCUUUUGGCAGUGGCAAGCCGCGCCUUGGUCUAUUCGUGAUUCCAUCAGAGAAGUGUCCCUUCAAAACCAACGGGGAGCUGGUUGACGCCAUCUUCCCGGAUAUUGAAAAGUGCAACGCGGAGUCCCCUGCCUAUGCUUACAUUUCUCGCGAUAUGAUCUUUGUGCUUCCGAUAGACGCCGAGUAUCGCAAAACCGAUAAAGGCACCGUCAUCCGAUCUGCUUUCUACAAAGACUUCGCUGACAAGAUCAACGAGAUCUAUGAUGCUCCCGAUGGAGAAGGUGACCUAGAUCUUGAGGGUGCUGACUUGGUCAAGUUUAUUCGUGAGAGUCUUCUUGAGAUUGCGUCAGCUAUUGAGCCCUCCAUCCUACAAGAGACUACAGAUGUCUUUAGCUUGGGUAUAGAUAGUCUUCAAUCGAUCCGACUCCGCAGUUCCAUCUUAAAGACACUCAAUCUGAAUGGGAAGAGGUUGUCACAAAAUUUCGUCUUUGAAAACCCUUCGAUUCGGUCAAUGACCGACGCAAUAACUCACCUUCGUCUUGGACAAGAACCGAAAAAGCAAACUCCUGUCGAGGAAAGAAUGGAAAAAUUGAUUGAGAAGUAUAGUUCGGACUUCAAAUCGCAUAUACCUGUUUCCCGUGAUGCCAACGGCCAAUAUGUUGUUCUUACCGGUGCCACUGGCUCCCUUGGUGCUCACAUCGCAUCCCAGCUUGCUCGAUCUGACAACGUACGCAAGAUUUACUGCUUUGUCCGAGCUAAGUCAUUGAUAUCAGCUCGUCGCCGUGUUGCUGAGAGUUUGCGUACUCGUGCUGUUUCUUUCACUUUAUCACCAGCUGCUGAGCGUAAGAUUGUCGCUCUCCCAGCAGAUCUCUCGAACGCCACCGAUUUUGGUCUUGAAGAGAAGACAUUUGCUCAUAUUAAGAGGACAGUGACAAGCGUCAUUCACUGUGCUUGGUCGGUCAAUUUCAACUGGGCCUUAGAGAGCUUUGAACAAAGUUGCAUUUCGGCCACUCGUAACCUUCUGGAUCUAUGUCUAAGUGCUGAGAGCCCGCGCCCUGCCUCCUUUUCUUUCUGUUCUUCCGUCAGCACUGUUGCCCGCACACCUGGAGUCUGGGUCCCUGAGUCUCUGCCUGAGUCUCUUAGCUAUGCGCAGGGUAUGGGUUAUGCACAAUCCAAGCUAGUCGCCGAGAAUAUUGUCAAUCGCGCUGCUAAACAAACUGGUAUGACUGCCCGCGUCCUUCGUUCUGGUCAAAUCGUUGCCGAUACAAUUCAUGGUAUCUGGAAUGCUACCGAGGCUAUUCCUAUGAUUUUGCAGACUGCAAAGACUAUUAAAGCGCUUCCGCAGUUGGACGAUGUGCUAUCCUGGACUCCAGUCGAUGUGAUGGCAUCCAGCAUCAUUGAGCUGAGCUUUUCAAAUGAUGCGGCCGACGUGAUGAAUGUCACCAACCCGACACUCAGCCAUUGGACCCAGCAACUCCUGCCUCUCCUCCGUGAGGCCGGCUUGGAAUUCGAGGUGCUCCCUAAGAGGGCAUGGCUGCAACGCCUGAAAAAUUCAAGCCAGGACCCGGAGGUCAAUCCACCCAUCAAGCUUCUCGAGUUCUUUGCUUCCAAGUACGAUAAUGAUACCGCUGGUCGGGUCCUUUUGUACGAUACUAAGCUUGCUACGGCAGGCUCUCCGUUACUUGCCAAUGCAGGCAGCUUGAGCACCAACUUCACAUCCAAAUUUGUCAAUUACUUGCGGACUAAGUGUUGGUCUAAGCCUGAUUCUCUCGCAGCCCCGCGGGACGUCUUCUUCCUGAUCGGUCCUUGUGGUUGCGGGAAGAGCACCGCCGCCCAGGCCCUCCAGCAGCAACACCAAAUCCCUACCAUCGAAGGCGAUAACUUCCAUUCCCCUGCCGCCCGUCAAAAGAUGACCAACAACAUUCCCCUUGAGGAUUCUGAUCGCUGGGAUUGGCUAGCUCACAUUCGCGGGGCUGUUAUGGAACGACUACAAAAUACUGACUCUCCCGCUGUGGCGGUGACAUGCUCAGCACUGCGCACCACUUACCGUGAUGAGCUUCGUCGCUUGUCCCAACUCUUUGAUUUCCCUGUCACAGUAACCUUCCUACUCCUGGCAACUCAGGAUCGGGAACAGCUUAAGGGCCGCAUGACGAUACGGUCCACGCAAGAGCAGCAUUACAUGAAAUCCUUUAUGGUUGACUCACAGCUUGAUCUCCUCGAGGCUCCAACAGAUGAGCCCGAUGUCAUCAUACUUGACUCAUCUCAGGCAAAGGAAAAGAUGAUUAGUGAUGUGGUUGAGAAUGUGAUGAAUGUCCUGAACGCAUGA